GCGGCGGCGGCGGCGGCGGUAACGACUGAGGAAAAGGGUGCGGGGUGCUGGACGGAGACAUGGGGGAUGCUCCGAGCCCAGAAGAGAAGCUGCACCUUAUCACACGGAACCUGCAGGAGGUUCUGGGGGAAGAGAAGCUGAAGGAGAUACUGAAGGAGCGGGAACUUAAAGUUUACUGGGGAACAGCGACCACAGGCAAGCCACACGUGGCUUACUUCGUGCCUAUGUCCAAGAUCGCAGACUUCCUGAAAGCAGGGUGUGAGGUAACAAUUCUGUUUGCGGACCUUCAUGCGUACCUGGAUAACAUGAAAGCCCCUUGGGAACUCCUAGAACUCCGAACCAGCUACUAUGAGAAUGUGAUCAAGGCAAUGCUGGACAGCAUUGGGGUGCCCUUGGAGAAGCUCAAGUUCAUCAAAGGCACUGAUUACCAGCUCAGCAAAGAAUACACACUCGAUGUGUACAGACUCUCCUCUGUGGUCACGCAGCAUGACGCCAAGAAAGCGGGAGCUGAGGUGGUGAAGCAGGUGGAGCACCCUUUGCUGAGUGGUCUGCUGUACCCCGGACUCCAGGCCUUGGAUGAAGAGUAUUUGAAAGUAGAUGCGCAAUUUGGAGGCAUUGAUCAGAGAAAGAUUUUCACCUUUGCAGAGAAGUAUCUCCCUGCACUUGGCUACUCAAAGCGGAUCCAUUUGAUGAAUCCCAUGGUUCCAGGAUUAACUGGUAGCAAAAUGAGUUCUUCAGAAGAGGAAUCCAAGAUCGAUCUCCUUGACUCGAAGGAGGAUGUGAAGAAAAAGCUGAAGAAGGCCUUCUGUGAGCCGGGGAAUGUGGAGAACAACGGGGUGCUGUCCUUCAUUAAGCACGUCCUCUUCCCCCUCAAGUCGGAGUUUGUGAUCCUUCGAGAUGAAAAAUGGGGUGGAAAUAAAACCUACACAGCCUACGUGGACCUGGAAAAGGACUUUGCUGACGAGGUUGUGCACCCUGGAGACCUAAAGAAUUCUGUUGAAGUCGCCCUGAACAAGUUGUUGGAUCCCAUCCGGGAGAAGUUUAAUACCCCGGCCCUGAAGAAACUGUCCAGCGCUGCCUACCCAGAUCCUUCGAAGCAGAAGCCAGUUGCCAGAGGCCCUGCCAAGAAUUCAGAACCAGAGGAGGUCAUCCCAUCCCGGCUGGACAUCCGUGUGGGGAGAGUCAUCAGUGUGGACAAGCACCCAGACGCAGACAGCCUGUAUGUGGAGAAGAUUGAUGUGGGGGAGGCUCAGCCGCGGACCGUGGUGAGCGGCCUGGUGCAGUUUGUGCCCAAGGAGGAACUGCAGGACAGGCUGGUGGUGGUGCUGUGCAACCUGAAGCCGCAGAAGAUGAGAGGGAUCGAGUCUCAAGGCAUGGUCCUGUGCGCUUCUGUAGAAGGGGUCAGCCGCAGAGUCGAGCCGUUGGACCCUCCGGCGGACUCUGCUCCUGGCGAGCGCGUGUUUGUGAAGGGCUAUGAGAAGGGCCAACCAGAUGAGGAGCUCAAGCCCAAGAAGAAAAUCUUUGAGAAGCUGCAGGCUGACUUUAAAGUCUCUGAGGAGUGCAUUGCACAGUGGAAGCAAACCAACUUCAUGACCAAGCUGGGUUACGUCUCCUGUAAAUCGCUGAAAGGAGGGAACAUCAGCUAGCUAACCCAGCACCCUCUACCCUUCUCUUAUCAUCCUGAGUCAUCUGCUUGGUUUGCUCUGUCUUCUGUCUACCCAUCCUCCAGGACACUGAAGCAAGAAGUUUGGGGCUCCAUUAGGUACAGAACUUGGUAAGAGGCAGCGCAGUCUGCCCAGGCUCCAGGACCAUCCCAGGCUGGCUGCAGUGGGAGGCCGACCUCCCAGGUAGUGAUGAGGGCUGGGCGGCGGCAGCAGCAGCAGCGGGGAGUCCAGCUCUUCCUCCCUUGGCAGCUGACUUGAGAAACCUGGUUUUAAUAUAACGCACAGAAAAAAAAUUUAUGCCACAGUUCUUCUAAUUGGAAAAAUGCUGGUUUUCUGGUUUUCCUGGUUAUCCCAGCAGCUGUGCUUCUCUGCCUGGGACCCGGUGCCUGAAUUGGGUUAAUUACAGCUUCUCCCCAACAGGAAAUUGUGGGAUUUGAAAAGGGAAGGGAAGGGAAAACAAGAGAACCUAGUGGUCUGCCACGUGGGUGGCAGCAUUUGCCAAGGCCUGCCAGCCCUGAGGCUUGGCUUUGGAGGCAGGGUCUGCCCCGGGGCUCCUGGAAUUUCCCAAGAUUCUGCCAGGCCGGGACAGUCCCUAAAGCAGCUGUGUGGUUCACAUCAGGAGUAGGUGGAUCGCACGGCCUGGUUCAUUCUCCGUAAGAGGCUGGGUACUUCUCCAUGAGGCAUCUCAAUCAGUGUCAUUAACCAUCAGUGUCACGAACACAAAUAAAAUGUCUGAAAAGGUG